AUGCUACUCUCGUGGUUUUUAAGUGCAUGUGUGAGAACCAUCUCCAAACGUCUCAACAAGACUAAGAAUUGGAUUGUGGCACUGAAAACCCUAAUGUUGAUCCAACGACUGCUCACCGACGGUGAUCCAACAUACAAGCAAGAGAUUUUCUUCGCGACAAGGCGUGGGACCCGCCUUCUCAACAUGUCGGAUUUUCGAGACACUUCUCGAUCAAAUUCCUGGGAUUUCUCUGCAUUUGUGCGUACUUAUGCUUUGUAUAUUGAUGAACAGCUUGAGUUCAAGAUGCAAGGCCGGUGGGGAAAACGUAGCGCGUUUUCGUAUGAGGACGCCGAAGAGAUCGGUUCAGCUGCCCUUGUUGUGAGAGCCACACCGGUGAGGGAAAUGAAGAAUGAACAAAUAUUUUCAAGAAUUCGGCAUUUGAUGCAACUCCUAGAGAGGUUUUUGGCUUGUCGACCAACAGGUGCAGCAAAGAACAACAGGGUUGUGUGUGUGGCUCUCUACCCUAUAGUGAAAGAAAGUUUCCAGCUAUAUUAUGAUAUAACAGAAAUAAUGGGCAUACUAAUUGAUCGAUUCAUGGAGCUUAACAUCUCCGACUCUGUCAAAGUUCACGGCAUUUUCUGUCGCUUUACGAAGCAGUAUGAUGAGCUUGACAUGUUUUACGACUGGUGCAAGAUUGUCGGAAUUGCACGCGCAUCCGAAUAUCCUGAGGUUGAGAAAAUCACACAGCAGAAACUUGAUCUUAUGGAUGAGUUUAUACGAGAGAAGUCGGUGAUGGCGCAAAACCAGAGGGUGAAGAACGUUGAACUGAUGAACGAACCCGCUGAAGAGACCGUGGAAGAGGCAGAGCCCGAAGAGGACAUGAAUGCAAUCAAAGCAUUACCACCACCAGAAGGAUUUAGUGAUGAAACUGAGAAAGAAGAGGUGGAUGUUGAAGAGACAAAGGAGGAGGAAAAUAAGACCCAACAAGGUGAUUUGUUGAACUUGGGUGAAGAUGCACCGACGACCGAAGAACAUGGAGAGAAACUGGCUUUAGCUUUAUUCGAUGACGGUUUUGCAGCGGCAACCACUGUAACGGGUACAUCCGCAUGGGAAGCCUUCAAUGAAUCCGACGAUUGGGAGACGGCACUGGUUCAAUCAGCAAGCCAUUUGUCGAAUCAGAAGGCAGUGCUUCCCGAAGGAUCUGAUACCUUGAUGCUGGAUGGAAUGUAUCAACAAGGAGUGACAGCGGCAGCUGCGGCUUCCUCGGGUUAUCUAGCUACUGGAAGUGCUAGCAGUGUUGCCCUGGGGUCAGCUGGAAGGCCGGCAAUGCUUGCAUUGCCAGCACCUCCAGCAGCUGAUGGUGGAGCUGCUGCAACACCGGGUGCUGACCCAUUUGCAGCCUCCCUUGCCGUGGCACCACCGUCUUACGUGCAGAUGACUGAUAUGGAGACGAAGCAGAGACUGCUGGUGGAGGAACAGCUAAUGUGGCAACAAUAUGCAAGAGAUGGGAUGCAAGGCCAGGUAAGGCUAGCAAACGUACAACCAAACCCCUAUCCAUACAAUGUGAGGUCUGGAGUAUAUUAG